CCCCGGCCCGUCUACUAACAAACCCACGCCCGGCGACGAAGACUUCGAAGCUCGAGCCGCCCGUUUCCACACCCGUUCCCACCACCGCCCCCACCGCCCGGCUCUUCCAUGGACGGCCUCCAGCGCCGGCCCGCGGCGGCGGCCGCCGCGAGCGCGAGGGGCGAGGGGCAGCCUCCGGGCGGGCAGCGCGUCAUCCACUGCGACGUCGAGCCGGCGCCGCGGGCGUGGCCCGGGAUGCAGAUGCUGGCCCUCGCCGCCGUCCUCGUGCUCGGGGGCCUCCAGUUCCUGCCGGCCACCCACUUCCGCCACCCCGCCGACCCCUCCCGCACCUGGGUCCCCUUCGACUCCUCGCGCCACCCCCAGGAUCUGUCCCAUGAGGUUAAAACUGUAGAUGUCUACUCUUCGAUAAGCUGUCUGGAUCUUCGUACUCUCGCUGUGCUGACAAACUCCACCCUGUCCAGCUCAAGUGAUCCGCAUCAUGUAUCCUUCAAUUUCUUGAUACCUGAAGGAGGCAAUGAUCAAGUGCCCUACUACAAGAUAAAAGCAGUGCUACCUGAUUCAAAUAUUACUGUUACUAGCCAGAAGAAAAUCAAGGAUAAGCUAAAUCUUGCCACUCCAGAAGGAAACUUUUUUGCGUCAUUCCCCAAUGAACUGUCACCAAUCGUUAUUGCAAGGGCUCUCUCACGAACGAGAUAUGUUUAUAUCUCAGCAGACUCAAUCAUAAAGGGCAAAAUUGAAGACCUUGUUCGCAUUGAUUUGGGCAGUUAUGCGGUGGGUGCCUCUGAAGAUUGUAGCAAGUGCGUUGGAGAUUACAUCAGUAUGGAUGUUCUGAAUGCUGUGCAAAGAACAGCUCCAAGAGGUUUGCUACAUCAUACUGUAACUUUUGACAAGGACACGUGCUUCCUUGAUUUUGAUGUGCUUCUGGUGGAGCCACGUAAUAUAAAGAGGAAUCUCAUUGACUCUAUCGCCUUUUGGACCAAGGCUGUCAACCUAGCUAAUCAAAGGGACAGCGUUAUGUUGGCAAUGACUCUGGCCUUCUAUAACGAUUAUCUAAAGCUCCCUACCAACUGGAAGCGCGCAGACACUAACACAGACAUUCUCUACUAUGACGGACCCAAGAAUGUUUGCGCUGAAGAUGGCCGUCAGCACCAAGAAAAAGGCUCGGGCGAGAUCUGGCAGCAGUACCUUGGUCCGAAGUCCGACUCGCUGUUGAGCGCCUGAAAGACGGCAUUUCAUCCUAUGUUCUCCACCAGUGGAAGAUCAGCAUUUGAGAUAGGGCGUUCAACCUUUCAGCUGUAGCACAGGAUAUAAGAGGACGCGGGUUACCUAUUAACGUAUCACACAUACCAGUGAAAGAUAGCAUGUUUUUUUGUUACCAAAGGAUCACCAAAAUGUUGUGCUCAGUAAACUGAUUUCGUUCAGGCAAGUCAAACCCAUGUCUUAUCUGUAGAAGAAUAUUUUAGAAGCAUAUAAGCACAUCUUUUGUCUGCAUUUCUUU